UGUCUUUGUUGUACAAAAGAAAGAACCCAUCCAUAAAUAUACAAAAUUCCUGAAGAAGACAAAGAAAAGAGAGUGAAAAAAUAUAUAAAAAAAAAAAAAAAAGUUGAUAGUGGGAGAAGUUGAAGUUUUGGAAAUAGAGCAAAAUUCAUAUAGUAGUGGGUGGUACCAGUUCUGCAACAAGGUGGUGGUGGUGGUGGUGUUGUAGUGUGAUAUAUAUUUGUAUUGACAUGGAUGGCAGGUAUGGUGGUGGUUGUUAUGAGUUUGAGAGUGGUGGUGUGGUCAUGACAAGAGACCCGAAACCACGGCUAAGAUGGACUGCUGAUCUUCAUGACAGAUUUGUUGAUGCUGUUACCAAACUUGGUGGCCCUGACAAAGCAACCCCAAAAUCGGUAUUGAGAUUAAUGGGCUUGAAGGGGUUGACAUUGUACCAUUUGAAGAGCCAUUUACAGAAGUAUAGACUCGGACAGCAGGCCAAGAAGCAGAACAAUGGUGAUCUCAACAAUGAAAACAGUGGUGAUUCGUAUGAACCAUACAAUCUGCAUUCAACCGGCACGAGCUCUAAUUCCUUGAGAGUAAACCACCAUGAACAAGGCGAUAUCCCUAUUGCAGAUGCACUGCUAUGCCAAAUUGAAGCACAAAAGAGGUUACAGGAGCAGUUUGAGGUACAAAAGAAACUACAAAUGAGAAUAGAAACUCAAGGAAAAUACUUGCAAGGAAUAUUAGAAAAUGCUCAAAAAAGCCUCUCGCUGGACAUGAACUCAUCUGGCAACCUUGAAGCAACACGAAAUGAACUAACCAACUUCAAUUUAGCACUCUCGGAUCUCAUGGACAACCUAAAUGGUGAACAAAGGGAAGAGAACUUCACCAAAUUUAGCCUAGAUGGUAAGAAGGUAACCACAACCAUAAAGGAUGAUAUAAAGAUCAAAACGGAGGGCAAUAAUGGUGGGUCCAUCAGUUUUGAUUUGAACACCGGAGGCGGUAACUACGACUUUAUUGGCUCGAAUCAGGACUUACUUGCACUCGGAUUCACUAGACGUAACUAGAAAGAAUGAGAGUGUUUAUAUUUUCCUGCAAUAAUUCAUCUAAAUUUUGUUGAUGCAAAUUGUGAUGUAGAGGGAUGUUUUCAUGGUAGGCCGGUGUGCAUCCUGUGUUGGUAUAAAUCACUUUGGAAUUAAAAAUUGUAGAUUAAUAACAUUAACAUGUAUUCUGAGUUCUUGGCUUCUCUUUAAAUUUCUUUCAAUAAAAAAUAUCCUAUACGUAUACGUAUUUUGUAUAAUAAA